CGGGGGCGGCCCCAUCCGCGGCCCGUCUCGCCUCGUCCCGUCCCGUCCUGCCGCCCGUGGGUGAGUCACGGCGGGCGGGGGCUGCCGGCGCGGAGCGGAGCGGCGCGGAGCGGCUGGGGCCGGGCAGUGCCGAGCCAUGGUCCCGACGCUCGUCCUCCGGCUGCUGGGGCUGCUGCUGCUGCUGCUGCUCGGCCACGGCGUCUCUAGUGGACCAGAGGAGGAGCUGGCCCAUGUCGAGCAGUAUGAGAUGGUGAUGCCACGCAGGGUGCUGGAGCCCCGGGGGAAGAGGGACCUCUCUGCAUCACCUAGCACCUACCCAGACCAUGUCCUCUACAGCAUCCAAGCUGAAGGCAGGGACUACCUUCUGCACCUAGAGAAGAACAGGGAGCUGCUGGGACAGCAUUACACUGAGACAUACUACUUGGCUGAUGGCACAGAGAUCACAGAGAAGCCAGAUGUCCAGGAUCACUGCUUUUAUCAAGGCCAUGUUGUGGGGUACACAGACUCUGCAGCAAGCAUCAGCACCUGUGGCGGGCUCAGUGGCUUUUUCCACGUGAAUGAGACCACCUUCCUGCUGAAGCCUCUAGAGGAGGACAAGGCUGGCUGGCAUGCGGUGUACAGAGCUGCCCACCUCAGGACAAAGCGCGGCGCAUGCCAAGAGGCUGGUGCCACCCGGAGCAUGCACCUGGAGUAUGACCAUGACCCUAAAAUUGCUGCACCCAUGAAGCUCUAUCACUGGAAAUCAGCCCAGUUACGCAAGGGGCCCCGAUAUGUGGAGCUUGUCCUGGUUGUAGACAAUGAAGAGUUCAGAAAAUACAAGGACUUGCACAGGGUGCAGAACCGCAUGAAGGAAAUUGUGAACCAUGUUGACAAGCUUUACCAGCCUCUGGGCCUGCGUGUGGCCUUGAUUGGCUUGGAGGUGUGGAGCAACAGGGACAAAAUCACCGUCAGUCGUAAUGCAGAGGUGACACUGGAGAACUUCCUCCGCUGGCGGGAGACGGAGCUGCUGAAGAGGAAGCAGCACGACAAUGCCCAGCUGAUCACUGGUGUAGACUUCUAUGACACAACCGUAGGGCUGGCAAAGAAGCUUGCGAUGUGCACCAGGGACUCAGGCGGUGUCAAUCAGGACCACAGCAUGGAUCCUAUCGGUGCUGCAUCCACCAUGGCUCACGAGAUGGGACACAACCUAGGGAUGUCUCAUGAUGAAGAUAUUGCUGGCUGCCACUGUCCUGUAAUCAAAGAUCAAGGAGGAUGUGUUAUGGCAGCGAAGAUCAGCUUGACUUAUCCCAGGCUCUUCAGCAGCUGCAGUGAGCAGGACAUGUGGCAGUUCCUCAAGGACCCCAGGACCAGCUGCCUGCUGAAUGUCCCCCAGGCGGAUGAGCUGUAUGGGGAGCCAGUGUGUGGGAACCGGUUUGUAGAGCGGGGAGAGCAGUGCGACUGCGGCAGGCCAGAGGAGUGCUUUGAUCGCUGCUGCAAUGCCACCACUUGCCAGCUGAGAGAGGGGGCCGAGUGCGCACAAGGUGACUGCUGCCAGGACUGCAAGGUGAAGGCUGCCGGCACAAUGUGCCGGGCCAGCAAGAAUGACUGUGACCUUCCAGAGCACUGCACUGGCCUCAGCUCCGAGUGCCCGGAGGAUGUCUUCCAGGAAAACGGCAUCCCCUGCCAGAGUGGCAAUGGCUACUGCUACAACGGGGCCUGCCCCUCACAUGCUGAGCAGUGCCGUGUACUCUGGGGUGCAGCAGCCCGAGUAGCUCCUGAUGAAUGCUUUAAGCAGAACAGCAGGCAAGACCUCAAACUCCACUGCCUGACUGAGUCUGGGAAGAGGCCCUGCAGCCCCAAGGAUGUGAAGUGCGGCACUCUGCUGUGCGUGAGUGACACCACCAGUCCUGUCCUUGGGAGCGGCUUCUUCACUCUCUCCUUUGGCCAAUUCAAGUGCAAAGCAGCCCUAGACAGCAACGAUGGCAAUGAGAUGGUGGCUAACCUCAGGCUGGUGCCCACUGGCACCAAGUGUGGGGAGGAGAUGGUCUGCUACGCCGGGCGCUGCCAGAACCUUCUGGUCUAUGGCAAGAAGAACUGCUCAGCAAAGUGUAACAGCCAUGGGGUGUGCAAUCACAAGCGGAUGUGCCACUGUGAGCCAGGGUGGGCACCACCAUACUGCCAGCACAAGGUUUUGGAGCUCACACCAGGGAGCAGCAGCAUGGUCCUGGCUGCUGUGCUGUCCGUGCUGGCACUCUCCAGCAUCCUGCUCGGUGGAGGUGUUGUUCUGCUCAGAGGCAGAGGGAUGAGGUACUUCCAGAAGGGUCCUUUGCCUCACAGGACCUCCAGCAGAACCACCACUGGCCUCACCAACCCGGUCUUUCAGGAGGGGAACCGGCUGCAGCCCCCCAGCAGCCAGCUGUCCCACCGUGACAUCAGCAGCCCCAAGCUGCUCAGCACCACCAUGGCCCCACGCAGCACCCAGCCCCUGGUGCCCAGCCGCCCGGUCCCGCAGGAGAGGCCAAAGCCACCCAGGAAACCUCUGCCAGCCCUAAAGAGAAAGGAGCCCUGUGGCGUGGUGGCAGGAGCAGCAUCGCCAUCACCACCAGUGCCUCCCACUAAGCCUCCGACCCUCUUGUCUCAGCCAUGCACAUCCCUGGUAUUGCCCCAGCUGGACAUCCCCCCCAAAGCGGCCCUGAAGCCGACAGCAGCCAGAAGGUGAUCUGGGACAUGUCUGUCACUGCGGCAGAGGAGGUGUGGGUGCUGGCACUUUGGCAGGAUGGCUGAAGGCUGCUGCAUCUUGUGUCACUGGUACUUGAAUCGCUUGCUGAACCUCCCUGGAUAUCAUCCAUGUUUACAGAUACUUGAAUUGUGCCUUAACAGACUUCGUGGCUUUAUGAAUUGCCCAGACAGCCAUGAGCUGGGGGCUUAGUGUCAGAGGGACACCAGCAGCAGGGACAAUGCUGACACUACUGUCCCCCCAGAACCCUCCCCUCCCGCAAACAAUGCCUGCUUUCUCCCCCAAGCCCCUCUUGGUGCCGCUGAUGGGACAGCUCUGACUUGGAGGCCAGCCUUGGUUGUUACAGCCUGCCAUGUGCUCUGGGUGCUGCUGCCUUCUCCCUACAUGUAGUGAAUGUGUCCUGUUCCUCAUAUCCCAUCCCUGUUGAGGCCACAGUAAGGAGCUCCUGGCCCUAAACACCCUGGGGUGGCACAAUGAGGAUGCUGUGUAGACCUGACACUUCAGCCAGGGCCAGCAGCACCACACAUCUUGCGAGGGGCUCUGGCAGGUCCGAGCCAGGCUUGGCUUCACUGUGGUGUCCCUCCCCAGCAGGUUUUUAGCUCUGAAGUUACCACUCAAGCUACUGAGCUCUUGAAAUGAGAUUUCCCAUGUGUGUUUUUACUGUGGCCAUUAAUUUGAUUACACAAUCAUUUUCAGCCAUUUGUUGUGAAAUUGAUCCUCCCCAUUUUUUUUUUACAUCAUUUAAGUUGAGGGCUUUUAUACAAAUAAAAGACUGAAGACAGUGGUGG